UUGCGACGUGUAGUGGUUUCUUCGAUACGUGGAUUUAGAUAGCAGAAAGUGGUCACGGAGAGUACAGCUUGCAUUUCGAAGUUGCUAAAGCAUUGGCAAUCUUCAUUCGGUCCGCAGUUCGUGUAGUGUUAGUUUAUUAGUGCUCUAGGAUCAUUACAAUAUAUAGGGCUUAAGUUUUUCUGUGAACAAAUAGUUAAAACAAUGCCUGCACCAGCUAGUUCCACCUCUGUCGGAAGCGGAAGUCGCUCACCUACGAAACCAUCGUCAGCACCACGGGCUAGCGCAGGAGGUUCUAGUAAUCUAAAGCAACGAAAGACUACCACCACCGCGACCGCAGCAAGGAAUCGCAACACGGGAACCGGAUCCGGUGGAAUGUGGCGUUUUUACACGGAUGACUCGCCCGGUAUCAAGGUUGGUCCAGUUCCAGUUCUGGUGAUGUCUCUUCUAUUCAUCGCGUCCGUUUUCAUGCUGCACAUUUGGGGAAAAUACACUCGUUCAUAAGAAGUUAGAGAUCUAAGUGAAUUUGUACUGCAAUGGUAAGCACGGGAAUACAUACGAGAUAAUUGUAAUUCGGGGUGUCUACAAUUCUAUCAAUUAAAGCGCUACCCGACGAACUCAUAGCCCUGUUUUUCAUGCAUUUUUUCGUUCAUUGCGAAAAAAGGAGAAGACAUACUUUUCCGAAAGCUAUACACAAUCCGUAUGAUUUUACAUGAAGUUUUUGCUUCAUGCUAUAUAUUCGUAUAAUUUAAAUCGUUCAAAGAAAUGUCCUUACUUGUAAGUUAAAUAUAGUAUAAUCCUGUUUACACA